AUGGUGAAGCUGUCGGAUGCGUAUGGCGGUGCGCAACCUGGUAGUAGCAAACUCGCGGAAGCUUACUCUGGAAAGAGAAAGCAGUGUGGAGAUGAACGUGCCACAUCUUCAAAAGAAACUUCCAGUGUCACCGUCAAGGGUCGCAAGCCCCGCUUAUCUACAGGGAGCACCUGUCCAUGUCACAAGAGCUUCGACCGUACGUGCCCCCAGUGCGUCUUUGGGCGGCACGCACAGACUUGGAAGGAGACACAUGGCUCAGUCAUGGUGAAGAAGGGCGCCCAGAAAGUACGAGUGGUUUGGUUACAAGCCCGAGUCAGUGCCAGCGGCAAGUGGGGCAUGGGAUGUGCCCUGUGUUCGCGUUUGCGCGAAAAGAUCUUGCAGGAGGGGUCACCUCGCUGCCGGCGGCAAGCGAGGAAAUGGGACUGCAAGUGGGGGCGCUUCGAGAUAAGCAGCCUAUCCCAGUGUCAAGCAGCAGCGCUGAGCAACCAUGCGAUGUCCCAGUGUCAUCGAGCUGCCAUCAAGUUCUUGGAAGAUCCCUCUGCCCCUCUGGAGGUCUUAGUCCAGCCGGAAGCAUCUGACGAGGCCUUGCUGCAUGGCCACGUGCCGCAGCCCGAGGAUUGGUUGAAGGCCUUCUGUUUGGUCCGAAACCCUGUCAGUUUCCUCAAGGGCGAGAAGCAGUCCGAAAAUGAUUCUUACAUUGCCAUUCGAAAAUGCAAGGUCACGAGAUUCAGCAUGAAAAACCUGGUCAGUGUCAUGGCGGAAAUUGUUCGCAGGCAGAAGCGGGCAUGGAUUGAGAAGGCCAGCCACAUCUGUGUCGCUGUGGACGACAAAGCACCCUACCGGCUGCUGCGGUUUCGUGCGAGUUUCCAAGCGCAAGACGCCCAGGAAGAAGAGCCCAUCGCUCGUGAAGGAGUGCUGGCUCUUUUAAGACACGGCACUGACAGUGUCAGUGCCAUGGAUGUCAGGGAAUUGGACGAGGACUACUCCGCCCGCGUGGCCGAGUCAGUGUCAAAGGCCAUCGAGCGACUGGCAACACCACUGGGCUCGGACGAGCCCAACGAGGCUUGCGUUGCUGCCUUUCGCAGCCACCUCUGGACAGUGGCCUCAGACGGCCACCGGGCCAACGGGAAGUGCGUUGCCAUCCUUCAGCGCUCCUUUGUCAACGUCAAAGUCCUGUUCUUGGACCGUGCGCAUCAGAUUAGAAGGGCAGCCCUGCCAGUGUCACUCCAACAGACUUUUCAAGAAUAUUGGGAUGACAUUUUCGGAAGUGUCGGUGUCAAACAUGCACUGGUGCCCGACCUGCAGAACAGCGACCAAUGGAAACUUCGCUUUGCGCUUCUCCAGAAAGAGCUCAGUGUCAUGCACGGUGCGCUCCCGGCAAACUUCAAUCGGGCCAGUGUCACGUUGUCGUACGCGAGACAGCGAUUCGACAGCGCAUCGUGCCCUGCGGCGAAGUUCGUCCUCUUCAUGCUGCCCCUGGCGCUGCUGCUCGCGUAUCAGGCGGCGGAUGAGCGGUUGCAGCGCAGUGUCAGGGUCAGAAGUCAGUGUCUCUUGGAGCGCCUGACUGGGGACCGCGCACUCGUCGCGGGCCUCUCGGCAGACUUCGGGAACGAGGCUUUCGUGCGCUCCCACGACAUCAAGGACCACGACCCGUCCCGGAGUCUCCAAGAGACGAAGGACAGGUUCGUCGCCCGGCUGGAGGCUUUAUUCCUCCAGGCGAUGAUCCUUUCCGAGAACCCGGGGGAGGACGAGCAGUGUCAAAGCUACUCGGUGCGGGCCGUACGAACGGCGAUGGAAGCCGGGCCGAUUCAAUAUGGGGACCGCCUUCACACAUUAUGGUCGCCAGUCACCAAGACGCGCUGCACCGAAAUCAUGGGGGCCCUCCAGUCCUGCGUGAAUGCAACAGUGUCCCGCCUGAACGUGGAUAUCAAUCCACGUGACCUUCAGUGUUGCUUUGCAGCAUUCAACUUGGAGGCGUGGUGGCCAGCUAAGCAGAGUUUGGAGGCUGGUGACACAGCACCUUGGGAGCGGUGUCAAGCAAGGUUGGUCCCUUGCUUCCGUUUGCUUUGCAAGGCUGCGGCGCAGGAUGUGCGCCAAGGCGCUUUGGAGUUUGAGGCUGCGCUUGCCGAGCUUUUGACAGUGUCAACCAUGGAGCAAGUCCUGAAGCAGCAGGAUUCCAGGCUAGCCUGGCGGCGAGUCCUCGGGUAUGGCGCUGCUUUGAGGGCUUGUGGAGGGCGCUUCCCGGUGCUCAGUGUCAUCGUGUCCUGGUACAUCAGUGUCAUUGAUGGCGAGUGUCAGGUGGAACGGGAUUUGGCCAUCCUGAAGAGCCUUCUGUCUGAGCACAGAGGAAGCCUGGACAUCGACAGUGUCACACUGUCAGACCUGUUGGAAAUGAGGUUGGAUGGGCCGCAGUGUCAGGAGGAGAUCGCAUCCCAGGUGGUCUUCGAGGAUGUGGUCGGUCCUGGCACUGCGGCCCAUCCAACUGGAGGUGUCCUUCAGAUGACACCCUUCACCCGACAGUGUCAAGCUCUGUUCAUUGAGCGGCACGGGCGACGUUUCCGCUGCUACAGUGUCAGGGCGGACAAAGGGCAGCCGCGGCAGAAGCGCAAGGACAGUGUCAUCAGCUGGAAGCGCUCGCAACGGCAGGCUGUGAACGCCUUGGUGAAGCACUACCAGGAGGACCCGAGCUCCUUGCAGACGACUUGCCUUGGUGCUGGCUUCGAACGAAAAAAAUUUGUUCAGAAGCCGAACCAGAAAGGUUCCAAGAACCCUGCGUGGGACAAGAAUCUGGCCAAGUUUCACAAAACGACCAUGGCCAGAGAGAAGGCCAACCUGGCUGCUCGUGAGAGGUUGCUGAAAGGCUUGCCCGCUGCUCAGCCGGCUCUCCGGCCUGGAAACCUUUUCAAGGCAAAGCCUGGGCGAAGCAACAGUGACUUCAUACCUCUUGAUCCAUCUGCAGUGGUGCUCGAUGUCACGGCCGAGGGCAUGGAGUCACCGCCCCUCCGAGACCAGAUCACGCGUCCAGCUCGGCCCGACUCAGUGUCGCUCCCAGAGCUUUUGAAAGCCAAAGUUGUGGUGGUAGACGAUGUGCUGGCAGUGGAGCAGAUGAGGACAGGAAUGCACCUCGGCCACUUUGGGAACUUACUGUCUAUUCACAGUUCUUCUUUUGCGAAUAGACCCGAGCCUGGCCACCUUCUGCUGUACGUCACUAUCGUGGCAGCCGGCUUGGGCAUUGUAUCUGCAAAAGAAUGGGCUGCCAGCACGAGGCUUUUUCGUAUCCGCCAUUACAAGCCUUCUGCUUUCAGUGUCAAAGUCAAUGUCCACAUGACGGACGCAUUCUGGGAGGAUUCCCGUAGCGUAGCGAAGCUCAUCAAGCAUUUCUGCCAGCGCAAGAACAGUGUCUGGAAUCUGACAGACGCUGAAGAAGCGCACUGCACAGUCACUGAUUUGAGGAGUUUGCACGGCUUCCUCAGCAGUGUCCGUAGGAUGUCUCGGGACCAUGCCCCUGGCACUCAAAAAGGUGCUGGCUCCGGCUGGCACUUGGGGAUGGGUUCUCAGUUGCUUCGGUGA